AUGGCCGCCUUGACGCCUGCAACGACUGAUCCAUUGACUAGACGACAGCGUAUUGAGCAUUUGAUUCAACGUGGAGAUUUUCUAGCUAAUUACCAACAAAAAUCACAGUCGAAAGCAGUCUGUAGACCACGUACGAGCUCGUCGCGUGACACGUCUAUAGUAUCAGUGUGUACGAUACGACGCUCAUCCUGGACGCCGCAAGAGGACAAGAAACUGCGGGAAUUAGUGAAGCAAUUAGGUGAUAAAAAUUGGAGUAAUAUUGCGCUGCAUUUCUCUUCACGAGACCGAAAACGGUGUCGUGAAAGGUUUGUCAACCACUUGGCACCGAUGCUCGCUCCAUUGUCCAAUGUGUGGAGCCCAGAGGACGACGAGAAGCUAUUGCAAUUGCAGAGUAAAAUGAGGUCUCGUUGGGCAAGAAUGGCCCAGGAGUUUAGAGGGAAAAGUGCAGAAAAUGUCAAGAAUCGCUGUCUGCUGCUGGCUCGGAGAACAGCCGAGAAGAGACCGAGGAGAGGAUCGCCACAACGAUGGAAUGCUGUGGAAAAGGAAAAGCUGCGGUCGAUGGUACAGACGCAUGGGACGGGAAACUGGCUGUUCAUUGCAUCGCAGCUGUCUGGACGGACAGAUUCACAGUGUUUGCAGCAAUGGUAUCGAACGCUGGACGACAAAGUGGUGAAAGGAAGAGGAACGUGGACGGAAACUGAAGACCGAGUGCUGAUGGAGAAGGUAGCGGAGAUUGGAAGAAAGUGGACGCAAGUUGCAAUGUUCUUGCCAGGUCGAGUAGGGAAUCAAUGCCGCGAGCGGUUUUUGAAUCAACUAGAUCCGUCCAUCAAUAAGGCACCAUGGACGAAAGCUGAAGAUGAGCUUCUGAUCAAAGCCGUCAAUAAGUACGCGGCCCGGUGGAGCUUGAUUGCAGAGGAGUUGCCAGGGAGAUGUGAGAAUGCUAUCAAGAAUCAUUGGUACUCACGAGAGCGGUGUCGUAUGCUAGCUGCAGCUUCUUGGGGUGCAGAGCCUGCAAUGCACGACGGCAUCAACAAGAGACGAUGUCUUUGA